AUGAGCCCGGAGAUUGGUGAACCCAUUGGAGUACCCUUUAUUUGCCCGCAUGUGAUCCUUUCGAAGGUAAAGAAUGUCAUGAGGCAGUGCCCCAGGCGUUCUAUGAGAUCCUGAGCUGUGGACUGCCCAUCACCCCCAUCGUAAUUUUGACGUAGCAGGUCACUGACCGUUUCGAUCGCAAGUUCCACAACGUGGAUCUGGUUUUAACGCAUGUGAUGCCGACCCGGUCAACUUCAUUGCUUCUUUCGAAUAGGUGCUUCGUCAAAGCGGCGCCACAGACGAGGCAAAGGACCUCCUUCGACAUCAAGUUUCCUCACUUCUCAUGUCACACAGAAAAACCCAUUCCCUGCUAAGAAAUGAACGGAAGGCCUUAAGGGAGCUGAAAGCGGACAACGAAAUAGUUAUUCUGCCUACUGACAAAGGUCGGCCAACCGUUAUCCUUCACAAGGUAGACUACCAACACAAAACCCGCAUGCUCCUCAACGACCUGGAGUCCUACAAAGUCAGCGAUGCCGCCAGUCUAAAAUCCCUAGUGGCAAAUGUUAACAGAAUUCUGGCUCGAUUAAAGAAGGGCAAGGUCAUAACCGUCAAAGACUGGUAUAUGGCAAAGCCCGCAGAAACCGCUAUGGCGAGAUUCUACGGUCUCCCCAAAGUACACACGCCAGAUGUUCCCUCUGUCCAAUCAUCUCACUCCCGGCACACCCACAUACGGGCUUGCGAGCUGGCCCACGGAAGAAGGCGCUAA